UGGCACGAUUCUUGGACUUGAGCGAAAAUUGUUCACCAGAAAGCUUCUUUUUUCCUUCCAAGCUUCUUUUUUCCUUCCCUAUUUAGGUUCUUCUCUCUCUCUCUCUCUCUCUUCACGCAGGCACACACUAAAUCAGUCCAAUUCCACUCACCGAGUCAGGCAUGAUCUCUGAUUUAAGAACCCUUCAUUUUUAUUUCGGAUUUUUUGUGAGUUUCUCUCUUUCUCAAUGACCCCAUUUAUAUGAAUUCGCGUUGAUUUGACUGUGAGUUUUCUUUUUGUGGCCUUUUGUUAUUAUCUCUUCCUUUUUUUGGUCGAGAUUUGGGAAAGCUUGUGGAAGAAAAGAAAUGGAAAUGCUUUAUUUACAAGAACUCAGAUUUGUUUUAGUAUCUUUAUCUCCUGAAAGGAGGGGCAAAAGUAAGAAAUAAACACACAAAAAGAUUCGGUCGUUACAAAUUACAUAUUCUGUUUUGUUACGUUUAUGGUCGGAUGUUUGAAAGUUAGGAGUGGGAUUAUUAUUUUGGUGAUUUAAUUAUUUCUAAUGGAUAGAGGGGUUGAAAAUCUGCUUUCUGCAAGAAAGCUGUUGAAUGCUAGCAUGGAGAAGUCAAAGGCAUUGGGGUUAACUUUAGUGAAAACCGAGGUCAGAUUAGAUGAAAUUAACCAAAGAUUACCAUCUUUGGAAGUCUCCAUCAGGCCAAUAAUGGCUCAAGGGGAGGCCCUUGGUACAGUUGGGGGUCAUAUAAAUCGAGCCGUGGUCCCAGCUGCUGCAGUUCUUAAGGUUUUUGACGCCAUUCAUGGACUUGAGAAAUCAUUAUCUGAUCCUCAAUCUGAUCUCGCUGGGUAUCUUGGGGUGCUUAAGCGACUUGUGGAGGCAUCCAGGUUCCUGGGGGAGAAUUGUGGGAUGGCAAUUCAAUGGUUAGCCGAUAUUGUUGAGUACCUGGAGGAUCAUGAAGUGGCGGAUAACAAGUUUAUUUCAGGUUUGAAGAAAGCACUGGAGCGUCUUCGUGAAUUGGAAGUGGGGGAGGAAAAGGGUCGUCUUGAUGGUGGGCUUCUUGAGGUUGCUUUGGACAGGUUGGAGAAUGAGUAUCGGCGGCUUUUGACAGAAAACAGUGUUCCAUUGCCAAUGUCGUCACCGACAUCACCAGGUGGGCAAGCCUGCAUUGCGCCGUCCCCUUUACCUGUGGCUGUUAUACAGAAGCUGCAGGCUAUUCUUGGGAGAUUGAUUGCAAAUAACAGGUUUGACAGGUGCCUUUCCAUUUAUGUUGAGGUUCGAAGUUCGAAUGUCCGGGCAAGUUUGCAGGCACUUAAUUUGGAUUAUCUUGAGAUAUCAGUCUCCGAAUUCAAUAAUGUGGCGAGCAUAGAGGGUUAUAUAGCUCAGUGGGGCAAGCAUUUGGAGUUCGCUGUGAAGCACCUGCUUGAGUCCGAGUACAAACUUUGUAAUGAUGUGUUUGAGAGAAUGGGGUUGGAUGUUUGGAAGAGCCGUUUUGCUGAUAUAGCUGCCCAGGCAGGUAUUCUUGCAUUCUUACAAUUUGGGAAAACUGUAACAGAAAGUAAAAAGGAUCCUAUCAAGCUAUUGAAGUUGUUGGAUAUCUUUGCAGCCUUAAGCAAGCUGAGAUUGGAUUUCAACCGUCUCUUUGGUGGAGCAGCCUGCGCUGAGAUCCAAAAUUGGACGAGAGAUCUCAUCAAGGGGUUGGUUCAAGGGGCUUGUGAAAUAUUUUGGGAGCUUUCAAUUCAAGUUGAAUUGCAAAGACAUACUCCACCUCCUUUGGAUGGUAGGAUUCCAAGAGUGGUGACAUUUAUUACUGAUUACUGUAAUAAGUUGCUUGCGGAUGACUACAAGCCAAUCCUUGCUCAAGUUCUGGUUAUUGAAAGAAGUUGGAAGCACGAAAAAUUCCAAGAAGGAAUCCUUAUAAAUGAACUUCUGAAUUUAGUUAAAUCCAUUGAGCUGAACGUGGAGACAUGGUCGAGGGCUUAUGAAGAUGUUGUUUUGUCCUAUAUAUUCUUGAUGAACACUCACUGGCAUUUAUACAAGCAUCUGAAAGACACGAAGAUUGGUACCCUAUUGGGCGACUCUUGGUUGAGGGAACAUGAACAGUACAAGGACUACUAUUCUGCUCUAUACUUGAGAGAGAGCUGGGGUAAACUUCCUGCGCUUUUGAGUCGGGAAGGUCUGAUUUUGUUCUCUGGAGGGCAUGCAACUGCCCGUGAUCUUGUGAAAAAGAGAUUAAAAUCUUUUAAUGAAGCUUUUGAUGACAUGCAUAUGAAACAGUGCAACUGGGUUAUUUUGGACAAAGAUCUGCAGGAGAAAACGCGCCAUGUUAUAAUUCAGACUAUAGUGCCUGUUUAUCGUAGUUACAUGCAAAAUUAUGGGCCUUUGGUUGAACAAGACCCGAGUGCAAGCAAAUAUGCAAAGUAUACAGUUCAGUCAUUGGAGAAAAUGUUCAACUCUCUUUUUCAGCCGAAGCCAGUGAAACAAGGCAGUUUAAGAGUGAGACAGCAGAGUGGGAAACUUAACAACGGCGUUGCAGAUCAGUACCAAACUUCUCCAACUGUGAGAUGAACGCUUCCUAAAAAUAACUAAAUUGCACAGUUAAAGGAAACGCUUAACAAGUGCUUUCCCGUAUGAUGAUUUACUAUCUUCUGUAUAUAUUGGCUCUGGGAGGACGUGAUAACCAACAUAUGUGUCCUGUUCAGAUUCAAAUACUAGAGGCAGAAAAUUGGUUGGUUCCGACUUCUGAGCUUAGUUACCUAAAUUUCUGGCAAACUGAACCGUCUGGACUUCCAAGGCUUUACCGAGGCGUUCUGUACUUGAAGCACCAACUAUAUGAAGAGUCUACUCUUACUUCAGUUAUUGAUUCAGAUAUGUAGAGGAAAUUUACACCUAAAGCUGUUCAUUUUUCACAUAUUUCGCUCUUUGAUUCAUUUUUAGAAUUCCCUCCCUGCCGGAAGACUAGGACCAUUUGUGUUCUUUUUCGUCGGGGACGCAUUCCUUGAUUUCUUUCGUAUGGUUUCAUCAUCAUCGGUUGAUAAAAAGUUUCGAGUUGUGUUCUGUGUUAUAGAAUGUGACAUUGGAGUUGUCACAAGUUUUCUUGUUGCGCUUUGUCAUAUUCCGUUAGGGAGUUAUUGUGGUUUCUUCAUUUGCCAUGUACGGUUGAAAUUUAUUUUAUAUAUUUAUUUAUUUUUUGUGUUGCUUA